AAAAAAUGUCAGAAUAUUGUGAAUAAGCAGACUUUAAUUAAGGUGGAUAGCUGACUCAUUAAAAAGAGCACCGUUUUGAAGAAGAUUAAUUACCUCAUGAAACUGAAAAAACCUUAAAAUAAUUAGAUUCAGAGUUAGCUGUAGAUGAGGAGUAUAGAGAAGCAUUUGAAAUAGCUAGAAGACUAUUAAAAUUUUAUAAAAGUGAAACUGCAAUCAGAAAUGGAUAAUAUUUUGCUGGAGCAGGUAAUAAAUUUAACAAUUUUUAAAAGCAUUAUAUUUUGGUUUUCGAUGUAAAAAUGCCCCUUAUUUGUUAAUAGAGAUUUCAGAAUUGAUAAAAAAGGAUUCUGCAACCAAAGUAGCAAAAUGCUAUUUGAAAUUAUUAAAAUUUGUUAGAGUUGAUGCAAAGGUUCCCUAAAUUGUUCAAUUAGCAAAAAGUUUAUAAUAUUUAGAUCCUUCAAUAUACAUACCUAAGUUUGUACGUUUAUUGGAAAUAAGGUAUUUAAAUUUGAAUAAUGUCUAGUCGAGAUAAGCAUAAAAAUAUAGUUGAUACAGCAAUGAAAUUAAUAAAAAGAAUGAUGUUAGAUUGGAUGGCUUAUGGAAGAAGACCAUCAUCUUUAUGUGGAGCAGCAUUAUUAAUAUCUGCAAGAUUUCAUGGAGAAAAUGUUUCAACUUCUUAAGUUUGUAAAACUGUUCAAGUUUGUGAUGAAACUAUUAGAAAAAGAUUAGCUGAAUUUAAUUAAACUGGAUUAUCAUAGUUGACAAGAGAAUAAUUUGAACAAAUUGAAAAUAUUGAAACUGGAAUUCCUGGACCAGUAAAUGAUCCACCUUCAUACAGAAGAAUUAAAUAAUAAGAAGAAGAAAUGCGAAAAGGGUUGACAGAAGAAGAAAUUAAAUAAUUAGAAGAAAGUACAUUGAAAAAAGCAUUGGAAAUGAUAGAAUUGCUAAAGGUCUAGCCUGAAAUAUAUAAAUAAGAAAAUAAUUUGAAAUAAGAAUACCCUCCAUCAAUUUCUGAGGUAGUCAAAGAAUAAAAGGAUUGUGAAAUUUUAUCCUCUUUGAGUGAGUCAGAUCAAUAAGAGUAUAUCUUAAAUGAAUAGGAAAAAGCAUGUAAGUAGUUAGUAUGGUAAGCAAUGUACAAAGAAUACAUUUAUGAUUAAUAAAUUAAAGAGAAAAAAAAACAAGAAUAAUAAUAACGGAAUUCUUAGAAUGGAAAUAGACAAUAAAAUUAAGGUAAAAAAAAAGUGAAAGUUGAAUAAUCUUUUGCAACCCCUGAAGAAUCGGUUAAAAAAAAUUAUCUAAAUGAUGGAAUAAAUGAACAAGCUGUUCAUAAUCUAUUUUCAAAAUAUAAUUAUUGAGAAGAUCCAG